UUUAUUACAGUCCGUGUGUGCCCGUGUGUCAUCCAGCGUCUUCUCGUGUGCUCUUCGGUUCGUUUUCAUUUCGAGCCUCCAAUCGGAGGAAAAACAAGAGCGUAAAAAGUGCAACUGAGCCGCAGGCCUCUGUCAAAUCCCGCUUACGAAGGAACAAAAACCCCUAGGCGUCGACUAUGACAAGAGCCAAAGUCGGGCGAACGCGAUCGCGGUCGUGAGUGCUUCAUGGCGAAAACUUGGGAUGAACGUCGUCGCUCCUCUGCGGCUUGCUAUCGGCGGCACCGUCUUCAAGAAGUGGUUCUAUGACCGUUCGGCAGUGUAAAACGAACCAGGAAGGGGACGAUGACGUCUCCUAGCCGUCCGGCAGACGGCCACCCGAUCAAGACCUGGCGACGAAUACCGCCGACGGCACCGAAGGUGACGACGGACGUCCGGCGGCGGUCAGGGACCCCUCUGACCGGGACGUGGACCUCCAGGAGGCCAUCGACGACGUCGGCGGCCACGUCAUGAGCGGUAGCAGCCCGGAGGGCCCGGCGGCGGACGCCGAGGCGCCGUGCCAGCAGCGGCGUCGUCGGUUCUACUGCCGGGAGUGGGCCUUCAGCAAGCUGGCGCACUGCCUGGACCAGCGACCCUCGUCCAAGACGUGCGGGGCUCUGGUGGUCGGAGGACCGGGGUGCGGCAAGACCGCCUUCUUCCGGGAGAUGGUGGACCCGACGGGACCCGCUGGGGCAAGGCAGCACGCGCUGAGCCGGCGCCUGUUGGCCUACCACUUCUGCCAGGCCCACGACACGUCCACGCUGGACGUGUCCGGCUUCGUGCUGAGCCUGGUGCGACAGCUGUGCCAGCGCGGGGAGCUGCUGGAAGGCUACCAGGAGCGGCUGCGCGACGCCGAGGCGUCCGCGGCUCUGGAUGGUUCCCGCUGCGACCGGUGUCCCGACGAGGCGUUCAAGAGGGGCGUUUUGUUCCCGCUGCUCGAGAUCGAAGCGCCACCGCAGCCCUGCUUGCUCCUGGUGGACUCCGUCGACGAGUCGCUGCUCGUUCAGGCAAACGGAAACGCUGCAGGACCGUCUCAGCAUCAGCAACAACAACAACAGCAGCAGCAGCAAUCUUCGUCAUCGGGCAACGCGAGCAAGACCAUCGCCGAGCUGCUGGCGGCCCAUCAGCAGCUCUUUCCCCAGUGGUUGCUCCUGGUGUGUUCGGCGAGGAAGCAGAGCAAGACCAUCACGCGCAUGUUCACGGGCUUCAGGAAGAUAAGCCUGGACGACCUCCGCAAGGCGGCCGUGGUCCGUGACGUCCAGCAGUACAUCCUGAGCCGGCUGGACAGCGAAGAGUGCCUCCGGCAGCAGUUGAGCCGAGACACGGCCGAGGCCCUCAACCAGCUCCACAUCAAGAGCAACGGCUGCUUCCUCUACCUGGAACGCCUGCUCGACGGAGUCGCCGAGCGCUGGGUGACCCUCCGCGAGAUCCGGCACAUCCCGGGCACCCUGAACGGGCUGUACCUCUGGCUCUGCCAGCGCCUCUUCCUCCGACGCCAGUUCCCCAAGGUCCAGCCGAUCCUACACGUGCUUCUAGCCGCCCGGAAACCCUUGACCAUCGACGACGUCUUCCUGUGUCUGUGGACGCGCAACCAGGAGUUGACCAGGGAGGACUUCGGGCGACGGCUAGGAUUACUGUCGAGGGUUCUUGUCGAGCAAGACGGCAGCCUUCUCCUCUUCCACCACAGCUUCGCGGAGUGGCUCCUAGACGUGAAGCACUGCACGCAGAAGUACCUGUGCCACGCGUCAGAAGGGCACGCCAUGUUGGCCAUGAUGCAGACGGUCAAGGGUCCACGGCUGGCGCCGGCGGAAGUGCAAGACCUGGCGCAUCAUCUGCUUCGGCUUCCGCCGGUCGAGACGGUGAAGCCGUACCACCUCCCUCUGUGGGUGCUUUCGUCGGGGGUGCCGCUCGACCGUGCUUUCAGGCCGGCCGUCGGGAGUGCGACCGUGCCGCGGGACCCCGCGGUGCUGAGGCUGCUUUUGGAAGCCGGCGCUGAGCUCCCCAGCGACGACGAGUGUGCGGAAGUGUCGGAGACGGUCGGUGAUGACGGCGGUGCGGGCGUACUCGAGGAUCCCAUCGAGGCCAUGUUGGCCGCCGGUGGGUCCCUGGACGGCGUGGACGCCAACCUGAGGACUCUUCUUCAUACGGCGGCAUACGACGGCGACGUGGAGUUGGUCGCGCGGCUGCUGGACGCCAAGGCCAGUCUGGAGAUGUCCGACAGAAACGGUCAGACGCCGCUGAACUUGGCGGCGCGUCAGGGCCACGCCGAGGUGGUGCUGUUGCUGCUCAAGGCCGGUGCGGACCCGGACCACGCGGACAACGAGGGCUGGACACCGCUGCGGUCAUCGGCUUGGGCCGGACACUUGCAGGUUGUGGAUGCCCUACUGGACCACGGUGCCCAAGUGGACCUCGCCGACGCAGAGCAGCGGACGGCUCUCCGUGCGGCAUCUUGGGGUGGACACGAGGAAGUGGUCAGUCGCCUGCUAGCGCACGGCGCAGACGUCAACCGCGCCGACUGCGAGGGCCGCACCGCACUCAUCGCAGCCGCUUACAUGGGACACGCGGAGAUCGUCGAGCACCUGCUCGACGGGGGUGCGUCGGUGGACCACGCGGACGGCGACGGUCGGACGGCGCUCUCGGUGGCGGCGCUGUGCGUGCGUCCGUCGGAAGGGCACGUCGGAGUGGUCGCGUCGCUGCUGGAGCGGGGCGCCAACGUAGACCACACGGAUCGGGAAGGGAUGACGCCGCUCCUGGUGGCAUCCUUCGAAGGCCACCGGGAGGUCUGCGAGCUCCUCCUUGAAGGCGAGGCAGACGUGGACCACGCGGAUCACAGCUCUCGGACGCCGCUGUUUGCGGCGGCGUCCAUGGGCCACGCGGACGUGGUGAGCCUGCUGCUCUUCUGGGGCGCCUACGUGGACAGCAUCGACGCGGAGGGUCGCACGGUGCUCGCCAUCGCCGCCACCCAGGGGAGCGUGGAGGUGGUGCGGCAGCUACUGGACCGGGGCCUGGACGAGCUGCACCGGGACAAUGCUGGCUGGACGCCUCUCCACUACGCCGCGCUCGAGGGCCACGCCGAGGUGUGCACCCUGCUGGUGGAGGCUGGCGCGCUGGCGUCGGAGACGGACAACGAAGGACGCACGCCCCUGAUCCUGGCAUCCCAGGAGGGCCACACGGAGGCCGUGGUGGCCCUCCUGGAGGCGGGGGGACACCCCCCCGCGCUAGUGGACCACAGGGCGCACGACGGCAGGACCGCCUUCCGGGUGGCCGCCCUGGAGGGGCACAAGGAGACGGUGCACGCGCUGCUCAGCUACAACGCCGACGUCAACUACCAGGACGCCGACGGUCGCUCGACUCUGUACGUUUUGGCGCUGGAGGGGCGUGCCGAGAUGGCGGACUUCGUGCUGGCGCGCGGUGCGGACACGGAGGCGCCGGACCUCGAGGGCCGGACCCCGUUGCACGUGGCGGCCUGGCAGGGCCACUCGGACCUGGUGGGAUUGUUGCUGAGCCGGGGGGCCCGCGUGGACGCGCUGGACGCGGACCGGCGCACGCCGCUCCAGUCGGCCGCCUGGCAGGGCCACGCCCACGUGGUGCGGGUCCUCCUCGAGCGGGGGGCGCAGGUCGACCACAUAUGCGUGGAGGGCGCUACGGCCCUGGGAAUAGCCUCUCAAGAAGGACAUGAGCCCGUGGUUCGCGCCCUGCUCGAGUACGGCGCAGAUCCAUCCCACGUGGACCAGUGCGGGCGCACACCGAUCCGCGUCGCUUCCAAAGCCGGCCACCACCACGUCGUGAGGCUCCUCGAAGAGCAGCUGGCCACGGGCCGCACCGCCUCCACCAGCACCGCCUCCCUCGCAUCCGCGUCGACGGCUCCUUGCAGUGCGGUGCUCUGCCCCGAAUCCCCAGAGUCCACGGGCGACAAGAGACGGUCCAUCAUCUCGAACCGAUCCGACUCCAAGUCGUCGAGCAACCGGACCAGCUCGACCGCUCGUUCGCAGCAGAACGCCGUCUCUGCGGUCACGCCGGUGACCGUGCAACAGCUCAAGCAGACGGCGGAGUUCGCCACGGCCUCCGCUCUCGCGGAGGCAGGGGACGUCACGGGGCUGAGUUUCACGCAGCAGAUCCAGCAGUGCACGCGUUCGCGGCAUCGGGCCAGUCGCGUACUCUCGCCGCUCAACAGCGAGGGGCGGUCUCCCACGAGCCCACUCAACGACGCGCGGCACGUCGUGGUGCCCGUCCCGCCAAGGAGGGGCCCGCUCCCAGAGCUGCCGGGCUCGCAGGACGCGGCGGGACGCACUCGGCGCAACGGGAUCGUGACUAACCCUAACUGCAAGGGGAACAAGGGUGUUGAGAGUGCGGCGGAGCAGGUGAGGAGCAAGAACCUGGCGAACUACAGGGGGAAGGGCGCAUCGGGGAUACCGGUCAAGAAGGAGACUCCGCUGUGAACGUCUAGUGGUGCUAAGAGUGUCUCUCUGACGAGGGCAUCCGUGUCUCGGCGAGUUUGUCCGGGAGAACAAGUCGUGCAAAAACUGCAAGCUCGUGUGGCGGCUGGAGGAAUCUGCGCGGUUCGGAGACGUCUUCCAGGCUCGUGGAAGCUUUUUGGAACCACGGGGGCAGUUGGGCCGGGAACGAGUGUGCGAGGGAGUCGCGUUACGGCGGAAGCACCGGGUCCUGCAGACGAAGUAGGUAGUUUUCCGACCCGCCCUCCAAAACCGUUCAAAUAACCCCAACUUAGCAAAGAAACGCGGCACGUAUCGUUCUGGUGGUAGUUGUCGGAGCCUUCCACCCUGUGCAAGGGGCGUUUUGUGUGGCACGGGGAAGUCUGAUGGGAGUAGUGUCAUCCUCCUUUUACGAAUGCAAUGCUACAACUCUCUCUCAGUGUUAAAGAAGCCACCACAACCAACACUGCAGAGGAUUUGCAUAGAUGGUAAGCUUUAAUGAUCGCUAACUGCAGGAUGAUGGGGGGGGUCUCUCAGUCGUGCUUCCUCCAGCACGAGCUACAUGCCUCCGACGACAUUAUGCCAUCGCACAAGCUUCAGCGUGUCCGUGUAGGCAAGACAUCACGAAAGGCAGCGAAUCAUGUGGGAGGCAGCAUAUCUAAGACACCUCCCCAAUCACCAUCGGUCGCUGUAGGAAAGGUUGAUGUAUAUUGUAGCUGCCCCACCCCCUUGCGACAGUUUUUUGGAACUACUACAGGGAGCGUCGAACUUUGUCUAGAAACACAUUGCGGUGCCAGCAACACUGCUGCAUCUCUAGGACCGAGGAUGGUUGUUCCAUUCAACGAUGUAGCAAUGAAGAUCUCAUGCUGCCACUUAUCCCGUUGGUAUGAAAGGUCGCCCCUGUGGGAGUAGUCUCUGUGCCUUUAUUUAUCGGGCUUAGACGCGUCUCGGCUCGGCCCUUCCCCCUCCCCAAUAGGCCAGGGGUGGUGCGUAGCUUGUUUCAGGUACGCAAACAGGUACGCUAACGUGUUGUGCGAGAAACAAGAGUUGCAUCGCUCGCUAGGGUUUACGGACAACUUGGAGGAUAUGCAUAUGCACAAACUGGCUCGAGGUAUCUGGGCGGGUAGCAACACUAGACUGAUGUUGUGACAGCUGAUGAAAUGUUACCUCUGUAGGCAAAGAGAUUGUGGUAGUACGUCGGUUCUGGUAACUCGGCUCAAUGUAAUCGCCCGCCAUCGCACAUGCAUAAUUUGCGUGCUGCGUAAAAAGAAACAAUUUUAUGGCCGAUCAAGGCAGAACGAAUGGUUCCUUUGUAAAAUGUUUUUUAAGAACGCUUAGUUAACAUUUUACGCACUGUCGCAUUGAACAAUUUUUAGGGACUUACUCCAAGGUGCUGCUGUGUGAAACCAUUUUGAUGCCGAGUUUCUCAGUCUCUUGCUGAUAUUCUAUCGAGGACAGAUAGUUUGGUACAAGUCUUUUUUGCUUUGCCUGUAAUGAAGUGCUUCGUCAUUUUUUACACUUUUAUGCGGUUUUAAAUUAUUUUUUUUAAACGUUUGUAACAAAGAAGUUACCAGGAGACGGAACUUUGCUGGUUUCAUGAUUUCUGUCAGUGUUGCUGCCUGGAGUUCCCAACUAUUUAUGCUAAUUUAUCUUAUAUUUUUGCGUGCAGCGGUCAAAUACAGGGACGGUCGUGGCGCUGUCGCAGCGAAGUCUCGACUAGUUGACAAAACGAUUGUUUCAAGCUUGUGUAUUCUGGCGAAUUUUAUGGCUGCCCUGGUGUGUGCCUAGAUCUCUAAUAGAAACCCGUUCCUCCGGGCAGAGAAAGGACGCUUUGCCAACUUGUCUGCAACGCCGUCAUCUCAGUCUAGUCAACCCCGAUCUUUUGCGUUUUUAGACAACCGCGCAUGGCAGGUGUGUCGGAACGUGCAACUUUCCAUCGAGCGAAAUUGUUUUGGACGAAAGCAAUAGCGGUUGAACUGCAGAACCAAAUAGCAAACACUGGGCAAUACGGUAGCUAGCGGUAAUGGUGCGCGCUUGUUGCUUUAGCUCACUCAAUAACGGCCAGUGGGAAGACGGAAGUCUUAAGGUGUUGCCCAAGCGACUUUUGGCGGCGACCUCAUUGUUCAUCCGACAAUCAAAUAUCGGAUCUCUGUCCCCCUGUUGCGGCAAAAAGAAAAAAAAAAAGACGAAAUGCUUGUUGCAAACUCUAUUUUUGUUUAUGUUGUACGAAGGACAACGUGGCCGCUUUUCGUGGCUGGCACCAUGGCAUAGAGUUUCCCGUUCUACUGUGCUGCAUGUAAAGUGUCACUCCGAGUAUAUAUAUAUAUAUAUAUUUUUUAUUGUUUGCUCGUAAAAACUGCCAUUGCAUUGUACAGUUCGGUUUUGUUGCUUCUUUUUUUCAUUAAAUGAGAGCGAGCGAAAAGUUGAGUCAGUUGAGCGUUGUGACCGAGCGGAUGUUAAGUUCGGCGCUUACUGACUAUUGUCUGCCAAUCUAACACAGUACUUGUGAAAGCGAAAUAUGCCGCAUAACCAACACCUUUGAGUGGCAACAUGCAACGCUUCAUUCUGGGUGAGAAAAAGGAUCAGUCAAGACAUAGAGAGUUGACCCUAAAAUUUGUCAUUUUAAGGAUGCUUGUGCUCUUUGGGAGAAAGUACUAAUCAGGUGGUGCUGCAGUCUUUGUUCCCCACAUUUGUCCCGAAAGCCAGGCAUCUAUCUUUGUCCCCAGGAAAAGAAAAAAGGAAGAGUUUUCCGCAUACAUGUUUGCAAAUACGGCCUUAGGGCACUGCCUUCUUGCUCAGCUGGGGUGCGCUUGGGCGCGGCCAGAAUCCAAUUACGCCGCCUUAGCAAGGCGUCGUAAUCGGAAUACAACGUGCCCAAGCGCACCCCAACUGAGCGAAGUGGCAACGCCCCGAAGCGGUACUCGGAAACAUGUAUAGUUCAUAUGCUGCACAUAGUGAUUCUUGCAGGAUAUGGCUGUCAAAGAUUAUUCUUUUUUGAGUUUGAAACGUAUUUAAGUUAAAAUAACAAAUCAUUUCUUAAACGCACAAAUAAGUGUAUUUGAAUUCACUAUGUAAAGGGGCAGGGGGGAGAGUUUGUAAUACCCCAAAAAGAGCCAGACUGUUUUUUGUUUUUUUUAUUACACUAUUUGAGGUGGAAACAAAUCUGGAAACAAAGAACUGUUUUCAGACAAAACCAUCGUAGAAUUGCCUGGGUAGAUUUGGAGCAAUUCAGAGGCGUUCCACGCUCGCGCCUUAGGUGCGACAGAUGAGAGCGCAUGCUUGCACGGGCAAAAAAAUGCCAACAAAGAGCCCCAAAACUGCUCCAAAUUCACCGAGGGAGUUCCUCACAAGUUGUGGAACUAAGAGAGUCCAUGAUUUUGUUUAGCAUAUCAAACAGCAGCUGUAGCAUAGCUUGUUAGAAAGCUACUCCAAGCAGCCUCUGUGUAGCUCCAGAAAAGCAUGGUGCUGCAUGCGACGGCUGUACAAAUUUAAGAAAGAAUCUAGAUGUAUCGACAUUACCAAGGACUGUGAAGCAUGGGUUUUAGUUUGGCGCUCGGGGUAGAAGUGGUGGGUCGCAAUGAAAUGAAAUGGCAUGCGAUGAAGAUGGGAGCGUGACCCGCCAUUGUGCAUGGCGGUUCAUUUUGUUUUGUCGUUGAUACACCGAAAAGCAGAAGUGCAUACAUUUUCUAGAAAGACAACUAGGUUGUAAAUUUUUUUUAUCAUAAACAAACUUCGGAGUGGGGUUGAGGAUAAAAAUGGCCCGUAUAAAGUUGGAGUUAACGUUUUAUAAACAAAUAAAGGCUUCCGCGCGUCGAAAUGCUCUUAGAUUUGCGAGACGGCAUUAAAGUUUGCUUUAUACUAACUUCUGCAAUAGACCCAACGACUUUAUUCUAACUUAUGCAAUGGACCAACAUCGUCAAGCGUUCAGCACAAGUGCGACGCCACAACUUUAGUUCUUGGGAGACAAGUGGCAGUGUACGAGACGGAUCGUGCGGUCUCAUGCCGACUAUGCUAGAAGUUUGAAGACGUACGUCCACCACCAUUUUAAAACUGUGGCAAAUCGCACUUUGAACGAAGCAAUUUAGACGCACCAAACCGACUGCACAAUAAAAGGAAUGGUCCUGCAGAUCAGUACGAAGAGUCGGAGACCAAAUAAUCAUAAACUUGAGGCCGUCUCUCGUGGCACAAUUUAGCGCAGCUUUCCAACAACCAAACGAAGGCUUUGUCACGUGCUUCGAAGCCGAUAAUGUAUACCUUUCAAAACCUCGAAACUGGUCGAGCACCACAUUUAGCGCAUGUUGCGAUGUGUCGCGAGCAUCUGAAACGAAUAAGCUGUGAGCAGUUUCCAAGUUGUGCGAUUGGUGGAUUUUAGUUUUGAAAAAUAAAAUGCUUGUACAAAGGA